CAUAUUCAAAUGGAAACAACAGGAAUAACUUUAAACUCAGAUCUUGUCCAACAACCAGCAACCCUAAUACCUAAUUACAAUACCAAUGAUGAUGAUGAUCAAAUGAUGUUUUACACUUCUUCUAACAACAAUAAUCAUCAUCAAUUUAUCCAAAACACAUUUACAUUUCCAUCCACUCCUACUUCUUCAUUAACUAACAAAAUUAAUGAUAACAACAUUAAUAUUUCUUCUUCCUCAAGUAACCUACUAUUCCCUCCAUUAAUACCUAAUUGCUCAGAGUUAUCUCAAACUCCUCCUAUUUUGGAUAAUAUUGAUUGGAUUAAUCUCUUUUCUUCUUGCUCGGCUCUUGAACCAAGCGCGAUAUCUGUAGAAUCAUCUACCUCAUCAGCUCAAGCUAAUGACAACCACCUCAACAAUACUAGUAAUAUUGAUAAUACUGUAAAUGGUUGCAAGAAUCAUGGUCAACAAGAUAGAGGAGAGAAAGGAAUGAGCAGUUAUAAUAAUAAUAAUAAGAAUAUUAAUGGUACAACUGGUAAAGGAAGGUCAUCUGUUUCAUGCUCAUCUAAUAGUAUGAAGAAAAAGAUGGUACCUCCGAGGUUUGCUUUCCAUACAAAAAGUGUGGAUGAUGUUCUUGAUGAUGGGUAUAAGUGGAGAAAAUAUGGACAAAAGUCUGUCAAAAAUAACUCCCACCCCAGGAGUUAUUAUCGUUGCACGUACCACACAUGCAAUGUAAAGAAACAGAUACAACGACAUUCAAGGGAUACAAGAACCGUAAUUACAACAUACGAAGGCAUUCACAAUCAUCCUAGCGAAAAGUUGAUGGAGACCUUGAGCCCUCUCCUCAAGCAACUUCAGUUCCUCUCUCGAUUUUAGGGUUUUAUUAAGCUCUAUGAAUAUGAAUAUCCUUGUAGUUAAAUGUAAUUAAUUGCUAAUCAACACCACGAACUUGGUGCAAAUUAAUUAGUCUUUCAAUCUUUUGUAGUUACACAGUGCACAUACAAAAUGUACAAGAAAGGCAAUCAAAAAGUUAAUUAGACCCGUAGCACAUGUUAAAUUUAUUGUUUUC